AUGUUGUUAUGUAUCGAGAUACGAGAACUCCUCUCUUUCUUUCUCUUGUUGUCUCUCUCCCUCUCAGCCACUGCCAAGUCUCUCAGCCCCAGUGCUUCACACCCAUCUGAAUCCACAUCGACGUCACGCCACCCCCCAACCCCGCCAAACCUCUGUAACUCUGAGCCUUGUUUUCCUAUCUCAACCACUGCUUUCCAAGUGAACCGUCGCAGCUUACAAGACUCGACCUUGCCUCUCAAUUUGUGUGAUCCCUCCCUCACUUUCGCCUCGAUCAUGGCGUAUUACGACGACCGCCGUUAUCGUGAGCCCCGCGACCGGUAUGCACACCCAGUCAGCUACACUGAUCCGUAUGACGAUCCUCGUGGCCGUCACAGAAAGCAUGAACGGGACUCAUAUGUACCACGUACAAGCAAUGACUCGAUGGAGGAGGUUCGGCGCGAAUACCCACCAGGCUCAGACUACGCCUAUGAGCGUGGGUACACCUCUCAGCGGCCGAGACGACCCGCCUACGGAAAUGUGCGCCGUGCUUCUUCUGUUAACGGUUACGAUCCACACUAUGAUACUGCAUACCGAAGUUCCCGUCCUCGCCGAGCAAGAAAUUCCGAGGAUAGAAGUUCCCGUCGCUCCAAAUACGAUUCGACUUCAUCAUCAAGCCGCUCUCCACCCCGUCACAGUCGCCGCAAGUCUUUUAGCGAGCAAGCCAUGGGCGCUUUAGGCCUUGGGGGUGCUGCUGCAUCGUCCAGCCGUGGUGAACGUGGUCGCGGUCGUUCUCCUUCUCGUCAUCGCCAUAGAUCAUACUCAAGAUCGCCAUCAGACUCACGCAGUCGCAGUCGUCACCACGGUAGCAGGCGACGUGAUAAAAGCGAGCAGCGGAUUGUACAAGCUGCUCGUGCCGCCCUCACAGCUGGCGCAGUUGAGGCUUUCAAACAGCGCAAACAGCCCGGAGAUUGGGCUGGUGCAAAAGGAAAGCGUGUUCUCACUGCUGCUGUGACUGCUGGUGGCGCCGAUGGUCUCGUUGAUAAAGAUCCCAAAAAGCACGGCACUCGCCAUGUUCUCGAAUCUACCCUUGCCGGUCUCGCUGCUAGUCACUUCAUAGGUGGUGGUUCACGUUCACAGUCUCGUGGCCGGCAUGGUCGCUCUUCGGGUAGCAGUGCCAUCAAGAAUCUCGCUGCCACGGGGGCUCUCACUGCUGCUGGAAAAGAGAUAUUUGAUCGAGUCUCACGAUCAAGAUCUCGACAUCGUGGCCGCAGUGAUUCCCGGGAUAGUGAUGAAACUGAGCGUGGCUCUAAGAAGCGCAGUAAGAGUGUUUCAGAAUACAUCACCAAGGGUAUUGCUGCCUUGGGACUUGGUGAACAAGAUGAUCGGCGCCGAGACAACAGAGAUGAAGAUAGGGAGCAUCGUCGGGAGCAUCGGGGACAUCGGGAUGACCGAGACCGGCGUCAUCACCGAGGAUCACGACACGACGACUAUUCGGAUUCAGAUGCGGACAGUGAUUAUUACAGCAGGGACUCGAGACGGGGCAGAAGCUCGAGAGAUGUAGGUCGACACCGUGCCGAUUCCAAAUAUCGUGGCCAUGCAUCGAGCUCCGAGAGUGAUUCUGAGUUAGGCGACAGUUCUGACGAGAAAAGGCAACGCAAGAAGUUGAAGCGGGACAUGUUAUUGACGGGAGGUUUAGCUAGCGUGGCUACGAUUCACGCUGUACAUGGUCUCUAUGGAAGCAUGGAAAAGAGGAAGCAGCGCAUGCAAAUGUUGAAAGAGGGCGAGAUCACUCCCGAGGAAGCUCGGAAACGUCGCAUAAAAGCUAACACCAUGGACGCUGUGAGUAUCGGUUUCGCGGCCCUCGGCAUCAAGGGCGCCUACGAUGAAUGGAAGGAAGUUGUUGAAAAGCGCAAAGAAACGAAUCAUUUCCAGGAGGAAUGUGCUCAUCGCGCCGUGAAACGUGAGCGUCGCCGUGCUCGGAGCCAAGAUGCUCCUUCCCGCCACCGCUGGCCCGACGAGAUCGAAUAUGCCCCUUCAGUGAACGAAUCCCGGUCAGAUGGUGCCCCAGUUUACCGAGAUGGAAACCCAUACAGGGCUCACGAGACCCCGCAGAUCUCUUACUAG